AUGCUAAACCAAAACUUCAAUUAAGAUGUCAAUUUCUCAUAAGGCUAAAUAAAUAUAGCUGAACUCAAUGCUUUCAUGAAUGACAAGAGAAAGAAGAUUGAGAAAGAGCUGACCAAGUAUGAUGUUGAUAAAGAGACGCAAGCUAAGUCUCAAAAUGUUUAGCAUCUCGCACAAAUGCCAAAGUUUUUACCACUGUUCACUAAGAAAAUUAAAGACCCUAAAGCUAUUAAGAAUUAGAGGUAGACUAGACAAGUUGACUAUACCAAACACAAUGACCCCAAUGAUUAAAUUAAAGCUGAUGAUAGUAGUAGUGCCAUGGAUAACAGUCAAAACUAGCUUUAAAAUAAUUCUAAAUCAUAGCAUGACCAGCAAAUGAAUAAUAAAAAUCAGAAAGUUUCCUAGGAGUUCUAGUAAAUCAAAAUAAAACAGAAUAACAGUUCAAAUAUAACUAAUGAAGAAGCAAAGAGUGGAAAUCAGAUAAAUUAAUAGUAGAAUAGUAUUUCUAAUAACUAAGGAGUGAGAGUGAAGAGGCCAUAGUUAUCGCCAAAGAAGUUUUAAUAAGAAGAAAAGCAAUCUCCCCCAAGACAUUAGCAUGAGUUCAAAUAGUAAGCAAAUAUGUUUGAACAAGAAAACAAGACACUUAAGCAAGAGGUUGACCUUAGGAGGAAAGAGUAUGAAAGAAUCAACUAUAAGUAUGCGAAGGCAUAGUCCCAUUUCAUCGAAAUAAUGCGAGAGCUAUCCAGAUUUAAAGAUGAGUUCAAUGACCAAUAUUCUAUAAGAAGUAAACUACUUAAAACUUAGGAAGUUACCAAAUCUAUUACCAAGAUACUCAAGACUAAAGAUGCAUAAACAGCAAAUGAGGAUAAGAUGCUAGCUAGAUUUCAUCAAAUGGCUAAUAAACUAUUCGAAAGUGAUUCUCCAAGGAGCUAGCAAAAAUAAACUGACAGGAAAAAGUCCUCUAUCAUUGAUAAAAACUAAGCCUAGUUUUAGUUAGCUAAGUAGCUAUAAAACCUAAGUUAGAUUAAUCAUGGCAAAAGUGAGUUCAAAUACAUGCGAAUAAACAAUAUAAGGUGCUUUGUAAAGUACCAAGUAAUCAAGUAAAAGGCUGAAUGCCAAGUCUACAUCUACCCUCAAAUAACCACUUAGGUCUUUACUCAUAAGUUUGAAGGAAUAACUGAAAGAUUUGAGCCACUGAAAGAAAUAGAAAAGAUACAGUUUUAUACUGAGGUAGGAGAACUUAAGCUUAAAGUGUAUUAAGGCAAGGCUGAUGAACUCUGGAUUAAUAAAACCGAUGACUACUCUUACUAUAGAACACCUUGCAACAUGAUUAAAUAUAUAACUGGAAGUCCUUACAGAAUUCUCACUUUGACUUUCAGUUUCAAAACUUCAACUGAGGUUCUAAACAUUGUAGUUGCCGAUAAAGAAUUCAAUAGAAGCAUUUGCUCACUUGAUAUUUCUGAAGAAAAAGUCUUCAAGGACAUUUUACCCCAAAACUUUCCUUCAAAGAUCAUUGUAGAUGACUUCCUAAUGUCUAUUUGGUGUAGAAACAUUAUUGUUGAAAAAUGCUUUGGGAGAUUUGUAAAGAGAAGACUCUAAAUAGGGGAUUAAGAUCUUCUUAAUACUACCCUUUAACAACCUUUUUCCCCUUCUCCAUUAUCAUUUAAAGCGAAAGCUACUUAGCUAAAGAUGAAUAAAUUGUGUCUCUUUGAUAGAGAGCUAAAAGGUGUGAAAUUCAAGAGAACACAAUUUACUGGAUGUAGAAUUCCGAUUUAUAUGCUGGGUGGCAUGAGCGCAACUACUACAGUAGCUCCGAGAAGCAAAAUCUCAUCAAGCUAAAUUGAUUCGAGGAGAGAUUCUUAGACAGUCUAACCAUCAAUGAAUCAAAGCACGACAAGAUAGUCAGCAUAUUUCACAAGCUCUUUGGAGAAGAUGAAGGAUGCAGUUCAAGCUUAUUUGAAUAAAAAGAAGGAAAAUGAAAAGUCUCAUCUAAAUAAGUUCAACAAAAUUUCUCCUCUUAAAAAACAGCAAUCAGCAUCACAUUUCUCCCCAAAGAGUUUAGCCCGUGUGAGUAUUUCUCCUGCAAGUAGGACAAGCAAAUUAUCUACAACUCCCUUUGGGGUAUUAGGCAAGGAAGACUCUAAGAUGGCUUAGAUAAUGCAGCUUAUUUAUGCAAACUCGCAAUAUGUGACUAUUCAUUUUGAGUUAUUCUUAAUCAAUGAGGAUGAGCCUCCUAUCUACAUAGAGAUAGUUCAUAACACGGACGAUGACUCUGUCAUAUUAUUCAUUGUCGCAGAUAUAGUUGACUUUUUAGUUCAUGAAAUACCUAUAAGCACUCUCGAUAACACUGAUUUCUGGUUAAUCAAAGAAAGAUUUGGAAAUGGAGCUGAAAGAAUACUAGGCAGCGUAGAAUCAAUAUUCAGGUCUCUAGAAUUUAUGAGUACUAUUAAAAAGCUAAUGGCUCAGAAAGGAGCAGGCCUUUAAAAGUUCAACACAAAUAAUGAGCUCUCAGUGCCUUUUGGAAGGAAAAAACAAAGCCAGGAUUCUGGUUCAAUAACACCAGUUGGUCUUAAACAUACUGAAUUAAACCUAGGAAAUAUAACAAUCAAGAUAAAUUGA